AUGCCAAUUAUUUAUUGUGUCCACCACUUUCAGGUCUUGGCUAGCAAAACCAAGAUUUACAUGGUCCUUGAAUGUGUCACUGGAGGAGACUUAUUUGACAGAAUUGAAGAUGGAUUGCUACAUACAACCUGUGGUAGUCCUAACUAUGUCGCGCCUGAGGUUCUAGCCAACAAGGGCUAUGAUGGCGGAGCAUCAGAUAUAUGGUCGUGUGGAGUAAUCUUGUAUGUUAUUCUUACUGGUUGUCUCCCUUUUGAUGAUACAAACCUAGCCGUGCUUUGCCGGAAGAUAUCCAAAGGUGACCCUCCAAUACCUAGAUGGUUAUCACUGGGUGCUAAAACCAUGAUUAAGAGAAUGCUUGAUCCAAAUCCAGUCACGAGGAUGACAAUCACAGGUAUUAAAGCCAAUGAUUGGUUCAGACACGACUACUUCCCUUCCAGUUGUGAUAGUGAAGUUGAUGAAGAAGAUGUGUCGGAAGAAGAUAAGAGCCAUGAUUCACCAACCGUCAUCAACGCCUUUCAGCUGAUAGGAAUGUCACCAUUUCUAGACCUCUCCGGUUUGUUUGAUACAGAGACAGUAUCAGAGAGACAGAUAAGAUUCAUGUCAAAUAUGUUAGCCACUGAUGUUUUGGAGAAACUAAUAACAAUCUUGAUGGAGAUGGGUUUCUACGUACAGAAGAAACACACAAUGUUAAAAGCAAUCGGAGAAGAGAGUACCCGAAAAGAGCAAUGCGGAUUAUCAUUAACGGCUGAGGUAUUCGAGAUAAUCCCAUCGCUGAAUGUGGUUGAACUAAGAAAAUCAUAUGGCGAUUCAUCUCAAUAUAAACAGUUGUGCGAGAGAUUACUAAACAAAUUGGACGCAUCAUCCCAAAUAUAA